GAACAAUCAUGCCAGAAAGUUCUGUUGUCACUAUCUUCAAGUAAUAAUAAAAGUACCUGCCUCAGAAAAUCAAAGCAUCUUCAUAACACGGCACAGCACAAGGACAGUAGAAGAUACACACCUUGAUAGUUCUCAUCCCCAUCAUCAACAACAUCAGAUUCACUUUUCACAUCAAGAUCGCCACUUACCAAAUUCGAGGGCAUGUGGGUAACAUGGGUAACACGAUCUGAUCUCUCUCGAAACAAACUCUCAAAAGAAACGCGCCUCGAGAGUGAAUGGAAGUUUGUAAAAAUUCUCACAUAUCAGGUCUUUGUUAUCUUCCUGUUGCUGCAAUCUUUUCCCUUUUCCCGAUCUGUCUUCUUUGCACAAAUUUCAACAGCAAGAAUUUGAAUAUCUACAACAGAAAGUUGCAAAGAUUUCAAAGUUAAAACUCCUACAAUGGCAGGUGAAAUACUUCACUCACUUAGUCCAAAGUCAAUCAAGAGAGGAAUCUUACAGAAUCUCCAAAGGUUGUCUAUUCGAAAGCAAACAACAAAUCCUCCACUAUUCGAUGAUGGCUCGAACUUCAUCAUAGCGCAGGCAACACCUCCGCUCACUGAUUAUUAUCAUGAUUACUUAAACUUCGCCAUAGGUAGAGAGCCAAUCUAUGCUUCGACUGCUAAUAUCAUGAGCAAAGAAUCGAUCUACGCUUCAACAGUUGACGACAUUGACAGACCACCUCUAACACCUCCAAUUUCUGAAUCACCAAUGUUUGAAUCACCAAUUCCUGGAACUUCAGUCCUAGAACUUCAACAAUUAUCUUGGCCCUUACCAGAAACCCUCCCAAGGAUGCUCCUCCAAUCCUCGACCCUAACAACCUUCAGCCUCUUCCCCUUCCUCCCCAAAGAAUUGCGCGUCAAGAUCUGGAAACUUGCAGCCUGCCACCCCCGCAUUGUACACCUCACCUAUGAUCACCCAACAGAGUCACUCGUUUCGCUCACUCCCAUUCCCGCACUUCUCUCCACCUGCGGCGAAGCGCGCGAUGAACUCCUUCCUCUUUUCAAACAGUUGGCUCUCCCACCCUCAGCAUGUGGAGCCAGAAUUUACGUAGAUCUCGACGUUGAUACUGUUUAUGUUCGACGAGCUACAACUUCAAUUGAAGAUGCGAGUCCUUAUACUAGUAAUUUUACUACUACCAAGGCGAUCUUCGGGGCGAGUAAUUCGGCGGCUCGUCAUCCCUUGAGUGAUGUUAAACACCUUGCAAUCGACUCUUCACUUAUUGAUUCACCGAUCGAGCUUCGUAUUCUCUGGGGUGAUUGGGAUCAUCAUUCUGAGCCUUCGGAUUUAAAAUUGAGGGAGCUGGAAACUCUUAAAAUCGUUUAUGCGCCCAUUGGUAAUAGGCCUGAGUUGAGAAAGAUUCGAGGGCAUCCGCGGAUUAGUUAUGAUGGAGAGAAUAAUAAUGUUGAGAGUUUUACCAUCUUGUCAAAAGAAGACAGAUGGGAGCGUCGUCGUCGCCAUUAUCCUAUCAAUAACGGCGAAUGGAUGACGGAAUCUUCCUUUUCUCCUCGAGUCUUCAGUUAUAGACAAGGAGUCUUUGUGCAACAGGAUCCGGAGUUCUUGAACAGAGUUCAUGUUUGCGAUAAUAAUGGGGAAGUGGGGGGAGAGAAUGAGUUCUACUGUCCAGGUUGUCAUAAAUAUAUGAGUUUGGACGCGUAUAGGGCGUAUAUGAAUAUGAUGGAACGCGAUGUUUUGGGCUGGAGAAAACCGGAGUUUGAGGGAGUUGUGUAUGAGAGGGAGACGGAGAAAGAAAUGGAGCAUCAUUUGUGGGGUUAAUGUUGAUCUUGAUUUUGUUCGAGAACUUGAGAGAGAGCGAAGAUUCAGAGUUUGGGGGUGAUAACUGAUGGAUGUGGAGUGAUAACUGCGGAAUAAGAUUGGAGAUACACGGACUUCGGCAGUUGUAAGAUUACAUUGUCUUUUGCGGAUUUUUACUUGUUGCUCAAAAGUUUCAUUGACAGAGGAUUUGAUAGAUGGAUCAAUAGAGAGGGAGACUCACAGACUGAUUACCUUUACGAAUUUACGAAUUUACGAAUUUACGAAAACAUUGGCGUUGGAGCGAGGAUACUUCGUCUGUUUACACAUGUUGCAUAUGUUGCAUAUGUAUAGAUGGAACGAUCUUCCGCUUUCAUCUCUACAAUUACUACGGAAUUGCGAUACACAAUAGUGCAGGAGAUUUCCUGCAGGUUCCAGGAGGAUAUACAAGUUGUAUCUUACCUAGAGACAGAGAGAGGUUCAUAGGAUACAGAGAAAAUGCAUUCUGCUGCUUGCAGCAAGACAGCGAGGGGUUUCAUAUUCAAGGUGUACAUAGCGACUUCAAUAGAAGAACUUAACA